ACAGGACAACAAGAGGCCCCUCGCCGCAGGAUGACUUUGAUGAUUGGGAUGUUGACCUGGCAGACCUAGAUGAAAGUGACCCACAGAUGAGCACUUGGGCUCAGGUCCGAGAAACUGCUCCAGCUGCAGAUCUAACCAAGCCCAGCGAUGACUCUGUAUCCCCAGCUAAAAGACUACGGCCCACAGCCUGUGGUGGUGCUCAAACCGGGCCCAAUGUGGGUCUGAGAGGAUUCAGUACCUCUAACCAAACGUCUGGUCUUCCCAGUAGUAGUAGUAUACUCCACAGGUCCUCAUUCCCUGGUCCCUUCCCCUCUCCCCACCCUGAUCCUAGUGCUACCUUCCUCCUCGCUCCACCCCAGAGCCCAGUGUUAUCUGGCCUCACCAUGGCCUCCAGCCCCUUCCCCAGGCCUGUGACCCCCAGGCCAGUCAGAGGACUUCCUUCCCAGGUACAGAGGCCCUGGGCUACACCUCUGGCUCAGGGACGCAGCCUUUUUGACCCCAUCUCCCCAGCCCCCUCUAGUAGGUUUGGUGGACCCAUUCCUUCCCCCAGUCUCACCCCCCGUUCCCUCCACACGCCCGUCUUCACUAACCACUUGAUUCAGCUGGUGUCCAACUCCAACAAGACCCCACAGAGACCGGGUUUUGACCACAUCCGGCCCAAUACCCGCCGCUUCCCCGGGCCUGCAGGAAUCCUACCACAACAGCAGCUCCAUGGGCAGAGCCUGGAUGACAUCGUGGUGGCCAUUCCUCAGACACCUGCACAUGGGGCCGUGGCUCGACUGCCCAGUCAGAUUCCCAGCUCUCAGACUGAGGAAGAGGAUUUCAGUGGAGGUCCGUGGGCAGCGAUGAAAGCAGAGAUGGGAUUGGACGAAAGGAACUCCUCCUGUUUUCUGCACUCUUACAGCGUGGCCAUGGUACUCCGCAAGGCGGCCCUGAAACAGCUGGUGAAGAACAAGGUCCCCAACAUGGCUGUGGUACUAAAGAGCAUCCUCCACACACACGCUGAUGCCAAGGCUGUGUUCAGGGAUCCCACAGGAGAGAUGCAGGGCACAGUACACCGGCGCCUCCUAGAGGACAGACUAGGGAGCUCAAGACGGGGGCGGUACUGCUGCUCAAACAGGUGGGUGUGUUCUCUCCGUCCCACCGUAACCACUACCUGAACGUGACACCCAACAACCUCCUGAGGAUCUACCCUCCUGACGGCUCGACCCCGUCCCACACACAGAGCCAGCUGCUCCCACUCCCCUGG